AGUAGUACUAAAGCCAUGUUCUCCUCCGGUUCAAAGUUCAACAACAGUCAGUUUCCGGCUUUUGAAAACGGCUUCACGCCGUGGGAUCAUUGCCCGGAACUUUUCUCCACUUUCCAAACAAUAGAACCCGACGCAAUAUUGGGUUCCGUUUUAGAUGAACUAACCCCAGACAAAAACAACUCGAACUGUGGCUCGGAAGAACCGAACCAACCGGAUUCCUCCGUCGUCGACGAACGGAAGAGGAGACGCAUGAUAUCCAACCGGGAAUCGGCCAGGAGGUCACGGAUGCGUAAACAGAGGCACUUAGAAAACUUAAGGAACCAGGUGAACCGGCUUCGAGCCGAGAACAGAGAAUUGACAAACCGGCUGAGGUCUGUUCUUUAUCACUGUCACCGUGUAACGACGGACAACGAUCGACUCCGAUCCGAACACAGUAUUCUCCGAAAAAAAUUAUCGGACAUACAUCAGAUUCUGAUGUUGAAGCACUUGCAGCAGUUUUCAUCUGCAUGGCCAUGCAAUAAUGUCGUCACUGUCAUGUCCGAUCAAACCCCACCAUUAAUCACUUAAACAUGCUUAAAAACACACACACGCACACAUAUAUAAUGGUGGGUUUAAUUACUUUUGGGAUAUAUUAAUACUUUUGCAAACUAAGGGGACGAAGAAGAAAAGAAAUGGUUUGUUUUAAAAAACCAUAUUAUUUUAGUGUAAGAAGAGUUAGUGCAGUGUUUGGUAGUAAUAUAUAUAAGAAAAUUUUUGUUGUU